AUGAAGCAUGGUGACAUAGCAGCUGAAUGUAUAUUCAAAACAGCUUCCGUGAGGGCAUUUUUCCUAGGGCUUGUUUGCGAAGUUGUCAUGCAGCUUCAAACAAAUGAUGAUAUGGCUAUAAUUUCUAAGAUGGAGGAAAUGGAGACCGAUGUCUCAGAGGUAGAGGCAGCUAACAUUCAUGUGUCGUGGCUUCGAUCUCACUUGGAAGCCAGGAAAACGUCAAGUUUGAUGAUGGAAACGGAAGCAAAAACGAUUAUGCUUAAAAAAGCUGCUAAAAUGGAGGUGAGAGAGAUGCGUACAGAGUUCAUGGCUGCAAAACAACGGCUUAAAAAGGCUAAAAGGUUUGUAAAAGUACUGGGUCUUGUACACAAGAAGCUAAAAACCAAUAUCCACCAGGGUCACACCCCUACUUUGUUAUAG